UUAGCAGAAGAAUAAUUUUAGCAAAUCGCAAGAUUUUGUGAUUUUAAUUUGUAGUUAUAAUACUGUGCUACGUUGAUAUCAAAAUAUUAUCUCGAAGAUGUCCACCCCGCUCGAAAAUCUUGAGACACAACUCGAGAUGUUUAUAGAAAACGUGAGACAAAUUCGCAUAAUCGUAAGCGACUUUCAACCACAGGGACAGAGUGUUCUCAAUCAAAAGAUACAGUCCUUAGUAACUGGUCUCCAAGAAGUAGACAAAUUGAAGUCGCAGGUACAAGACAUCCAUGUACCAACAGAGGUGUUUGACUACAUUGACCAAGGUAGAAAUCCUCAGCUUUACACAAAAGACUGUAUAGACAAAGCACUGGCUAAGAAUGAAGAGGUGAAAGGAAAAAUUGAUUCUUACAGAAGAUUCAAAAGUCACCUUCUUUCAGAGCUUUCGAAGACGUUUCCUCAUGAAAUAUCAAAGUACAAGGCAAUGCGUGGAUGUGAAUAAUAAUAUUAAUACUUAAAUAUUAUGUAAGCUCAAUAUUUAUCUUUAUGACGUCAGAUGUUGUGAAGUGUCUUUGAUUAUAAGUUACUAAAAAUAUUUCCUAAAAUUGAGGUAUAAUAAAUAACAAAUCAGUAAUCAACCAAA